CGCCCCAUCCCAGGAGCUGAUUUUGCUUCCUUUGCAGUUUCUGUCGGUGGAAAUAGUAGAAGGCGGCCUCUGUGUACCCAUCAUAAUGCAUCCGAUGCCCGUGUCUUCCGUCAGCGAUGGAGACAUAUUUGACUGUAUACAGAGAGGAAAUAUUGAACAGUGUAUACACUUCGUUCAGAAUAACCGAUCCAUGCUCAAGCAAAAAGGCUGGGGUGGCUUCACCCCGCUCCACUAUGCUGCCCUACAUGGUAACCGCGCCUUGGUCGACCUUUUCCUAAGUGCAGGAGCUGAUCCUAACCUGACAUGUGAUGCAGGACAGACAGCCUUUCAUUUUGCCUGUAGGCAAGGAAAUCUCUACAUCAUACAUCAAAUGAUGCAGUAUGGGGCUGAUUUACGCCUCAUAGACCUACAGGGAAAAACAUCAUUGCAUCAUGCAGUCACUGGGGGAAGCAUCAUUGCAGUGCACUAUUUGUGGGAGACAGGAAUGUUUAGAUUCACAGACACAGACAUGUACCAGGUGACACCCCUUCACCUGGCUGCAUCCACAGGAAACACAGAAGUGGUUCGGUAUUUGCUCAAGGACCAGAGGUGUGCUGUGGAUGCAGUUGACCAGCAGGGUGCGACAGCACUUCACGUUGCAGCAGAGAGGGGUGGAGUGGAAGUGUGCUGGAUACUGCUGCAGAGAACAGGGUGCAGGAUGCUCCAUCAGAAGAAUCAUAGUGGCCUCACACCGCUGGAUCUCAGCAAACAGGGCAAAACAUUCAGACAUCAGCAACUCACCAAACUACUGAGUCGGUACAUUAAUGAACCAAUCCACCACAAGCCCAGAGAGUCUCAUGUUUUAUACUACUGGACGCUGUUUUUUCCAUCACUGAGUGGAGCUGCCAUCCUGCUGAUUGCAGCCAUGUUGGGUGGCUAUGGGGGGGUAAUCUGUGGUUUGCUCUUCCCAUGGCUGGCCAGAAGCAUUUUCACACAAUAUCACCGCAUGACCACGUACCAAAGGUUGCCUAACCCGGUCUACUUGGGAACCCUCAUUGCUGGUUUGUUUCAUUCCCUGCUCUGCUUUUAUGGAAAAAUGAUGCCUAGUGUGUGGCCAACCAGUGCUUUAACCCAGGUGUCAAUGGUCCACUUCUCCAUACUCCUUGGGUUAUUCUGUAAGGUUCUGACUCAAGAUCCCGGGGCACUAGACAGAGAAGAAUCAGAUCCUCGGUUCUCCUGUAUUGCUGAUCUGGUGGAGAACAACCAGAGCCCUCAAAGGUUCUGCCCAUAUUGUGAGCUGUUUCAACCUGACUACACUAAACACUGCAAGCUUUGUGAAGUGUGCAUUAAAGACUAUGACCAUCACUGCCUUUUCCUCAACCGGUGCAUUGGCCGGGGUAACCACCGCCUGUUCCUGUUCUUCAUCCUCUCCAUGGCAGCUGCCCACCUUCUUUUUGUUGCCACAGGAAUAAGUUACCUGUACAGCAAGAUGCCUGGAGGCAGCCACAGCUUGUCAUUGUGGCUCACCUUGUUAGGCGAGGAGUUUUGGGUUGCUGUCAUGAUGGUUAUGAACGCGCUGACACUCCUCUGGGAGGUGUGGCUUCUGAUUGAGCAGUUUGAUGCUGUCGCCACCGGAACGACCACCUACUUCAGACAGUGUGAAAGCGCCGCACGGCAGAGGUCACUAGCACAGCGUUGGGUAAUAGCACUGUCAUUUCUGCUGGAGGGUCGCAGACGGGUGGGCAGCAGACAAACCAGAGAGGACAAAACUGCCAUAGACAUUUAAAACUGUCACUUUGACCUUUGUGUAGCUUAAUUGAAAACAGCUCCAUUAUUGCUCAAGUACAAAUAUACAUUCUUAGUUUAAAGAGUCCUCCUUGUAAAGUUGGUGGUGAUCAUGUCCUUUUUAGAUUCAGUAACUCUAAUGCCAUAUCUUGUACUUGAAUCUAAAUGUUUUUAUAUCUAAUAUAUUUUGAUAUUAAGUAUGCUGUAGAUUUGACAGCAGAAUAGUUCACAAAGUGACUUUGAGAGUAUCUACCACGAAGAAUGUAGACGUCGCCUAGUUUUUAGAGACCUCACUGAAUACUACUGCAAGAAACAGUGUUUUCAUUGUUAUACAGAGUUUGUGUAAAGUACUCAAUAUUCCUGAUACUGUGUUUUAGCAGCGAGCGUCUACACGAAUGUCUACAUUUAUACUUGUUUUUAUGCUCCAUAAUUUUUAAAUGUCUUUCUUUUUGUUGCUUUAAAUAAACGUUUGCCACGGUGUACUGCAAGACGUUUGAUCAAAGUUUACUCUGUGUUUUCAUAAAAUUAGUGAGUCCAGUGAUUAGCUGGAGAUAAUAGUUAGCAGCAGACAGUCCAAAAGACUUUGUUCCUACCAUAAUGUCAUUACGUCUCUAACCUGCUCCAAGUCCUUUGCGCCAUGACAUUUCCUCUGCUCUCAUUAAUGGGACAUUGCUCUUUUCAUGCCUUCAAUUAUACACACUCAUUUCCUAUGUGUCCCUCAGGACCGUAUUUCUAGAUUAUAGAUGAUAUUCCACACACCCCAGAGGCUGGUGUGUCUGGACUGUGUGAGUGGCUAUGCUGUGAUAUAAUUUAGUGUCUUCUGUAGUGCCUGUUGUACAUGUGGAGUGAUCAAGUUGAGCA